GUAGAAUUAGGUUUUGUUGCAUUCUAGUCUCAUCUUCUUAUAUACCAUUUUCUAAUAAACAAAACGCCUGUUUGUUUGUUGCUGCUGCCUAACGUGACGUAAGCAAUGGCAUCUCUCUUUGACAUAUUGCAUGAUACAUUCUUAACGAACAUAACCUAACGAGUAAAGCAUGGACAAACUUUUUUCCACAAUCUUCUUUCUUAGGUUGAUCAAAAUGUCAUCACCAUAUAUCAACAAUGGUAUCAUCUUGGGAUGCAUUCUAUGUUACGUGUCAGCAUUUCUCUACGGACUCGAUUCACGGGUGGUGACUAAAGCAAGGAUAGGAUUCUUCUGCAAUGCUGUCACGAUAACACUAUCCACUGGAUUUACACUCUCCUUCGGAUGUCUUUUUGCUAAAACAUGGAGAGUGUAUAAAAUCUUCACUGCUGCAAAAACAAUGGAGAAAGUUGCCAUAAAAGAUAUUCGUUUAUACGCGUUUAUUUUCGCGUUGGUUGCCGUUGAUAUGUUUGUUUUUAUUCUGUGGAUGGUGAUUUCACCUUUUGAGGUACAUGAAACGGAUAUGAACAGGGUGAAAUAUGAUUCUCAUAUAGAAGUAUCAUAUUUCACCAAAUGCAGUUGUGACUACCAGCUACAGUUCACCAUAGCAAUGUACGGUUACAAAGGUUUACUGUUGAUGUUCGGUUUGUUUCUUGCGUGGGAGACGCGAAACGUUAAAGUGCCCGUAUUGAACGAUUCUCGGUUCAUUGGUAUGUCAGUGUACAUCGUUUGUGUAGUAUCAGCUGUUGGUGUCACUUGUGCUUCUGCAUUGUAUAGUAGUGGUAAUUAUGCAACGUCAUACUUGGUUGUCUCACUGUGUAUAUUCAUCUCUACCACAGCUACGCUACUCUUUAUAUUCGCGCCAAAGAUCGUUAUGUUGUUUGGAAAAGCAAUUAAUAUUUUCUAUGGUAACGUUAUCUCGUCUCGUUCACAAAGUUCUUUAUGCGAUGUUAGACCAGCAAGCGAGAAAAAAAGAUUGGAAAUGAAAGCCUCAACAAUUACUAUGCAUGGAUCGCAUCCUGCAAGUUCGAAGCUGAAUGUAGAAAAAAGAAUGAGUUCCAGUGUUUCCUUUCAACCAAAUCUCGUGUGAACGACACAAAAAUUGGAGAACAGGAUGUUAUUUUAGAAAGGACACUUUUCUGACUGCAAGAGUAGCACUGAACUCAAAACAGAUUUUGUAAAUUUAAUUUGUUUUGUAGCUAGGUUUUCAUCAAACAUUUACUGUCGUAUAUUUAUAUAAUUUGUCGCGGAACUAUUUCGAUGUUAUCCUUUUUAUGCGCUCACACGUGUGUCGGACACGUGUGAGCGCACAAAUUACUAUUCGAGUUAAUUAAACCUAACCACAGCUUGCUCUGCAAU